GUGGGGCCCCUGCAGAUCCCAGCUGUCAGGGGGACCGGACUCAGAGCUCCAAUCUACUGCAGAUGAGUGAGGAAGAGUGGUCAGAUUUGGAGCCUGUCAUCCUUUUCAGUCUCUCUGUCUAAUCCAAUUUGGAAAACCUGUUUGAAUUCAAGUGUAAACAAUCAGGUGCUGUUUUCACAUUUGGAAAAAGCAAAUUUGCAGAAAAUAUUCCUAGCAAGUUUUGGUUUAAAAAUGACAAGCCUUUGUAUAUAUCAUGUGGAGAUGAACAUACUGCUAUUGUUACAGAAAAUGGUAAACUUUACAUGUUUGGCAGCAAUAACUGGGGCCAGUUAGGACUAGGAACAAAGAAUACUAUCAACAAGCCAACUUGUGUAAAAGCUUUAAAACCAGAAAAAGUUAAACUUGCUGCUUGUGGGAGAAACCACACUUUAGUUUACACAGAACGAGGACAUGUAUAUGCUGCUGGAGGUAACAGUGAAGGGCAGUUGGGAUUAGGUGACACAGAGGAAAGAAGCACGUUUCAUCUAAUUAGUUUUUUUACCAACCAGUACAAGAUCAAACAGCUGGCAGCUGGAUCUUACACAUCAGCAGCACUAACCGAGGAUGGACAGCUUUUCAUGUGGGGUGACAAUUCUGAAGGCCAGAUUGGCCUGGCUGGUGAAGCCAGUGUGUGUAUACCUUGUCAAGUAGAUGUUGGAAAGCCUGUUUCAUGGGUCUCCUGUGGAUAUUACCAUUCUGCUUUGGUAACAAGAGAUGGUGAGCUCUACACUUUUGGAGAGCCUGAGAAUGGGAAGCUAGGUUUGUCACCUGAACAACUGAAAAACAAUAGGGUUCCACAGCUUGUUCCUGGAAUUUUGGAAAGGGUUAAUAAGGUAGCUUGUGGCGGAGGACAUACAGUGGCACUUACAGAAACUAAUGUAUAUACCUUUGGCCUUGGACAAUAUGGGCAACUUGGACAUGGUACAUUUAUUUUUGAAACUUCAGUACCAAAGGCAGUGGAACAUCUGAAGAGGCAUAAAAUAUGUAACAUUGCAUGUGGGGAAAAUCAUACAGCUGUAAUAGCAGACAAUGGCCUUAUGUUUACUUUUGGAGAUGGACGACAUGGCAAGUUAGGUCUUGGAGAAGAGAAUUUUACUAAUCAGUUCAUACCCACCUUAUGUUCUAAUUUCUUGAAGUUUGCAGUCUAUUUGGUUGCUUGUGGUGGCUGUCACAUGCUUGUUUUUGCCACUCCAAGGCCUAAAGGGUCUGAAGAAAUACAUGAAGAUUUACGUGAAAACUGUUUGGCUGCUACCAUCUCUAAACUGGGUGGUGAUUCAUUAGUAACUAACACCUUGCAGAGAACGUUAUCGGCUCGAAUGCGACGGAGAGAGAGGGAAAAAUCUCCAGAACAGUUUUGUCGAAUGGUGCGAACGUUACCUCCGUUGGGAGAAGGCUCCCUAAAACCUUCUUUACGUGCUGCCAGCAACACUGUCCCACUCAGUUUACCAACAACAAACCAUCCUGAUGUAACGGAAGUGAAUACAAAUAAAGCUAUUGAAUCUACUGUGGACUGUAAAACAGAGGAUCGGAAGCAGGAAAAAGAUAAACCUGAAGAAAGUACCACGGAGGAAGAUUCAGAUAAGGAAAGUGAUGACAGAAACCUUGGAAACACAACUGAUGUUCUAAAUAUGACACAUAUGAUGAGGCUGAAUCCCAGUGACCAGUCCUUAAAAUUAUCACCAGUUCAGAAACAAAAGGGUCAAAAAACUUCUGAAGAUGAAGAGACUGAUGAUGAGGAUGAGGAUGAAGAAAUAACAGACAAAGAGGAGGAGGAGGAGGGGGAAGAGGAGGAAAGUAGCAGGGAUGAUGGGAAAGUGCAUGAAACGGAGGAACAUGACAGUAAAACACCUGAGGGAGAAAGAAGCAAUAACACCACUGCAGAAACUACAGAGAAAGAGAAGACCACCGAAGAAAAGAAAAUACUUCAUCAAGAGAGAGAAAAUACCCCCGACACUCAUCCUGAGAACAGUUCUUCAGGGGCAAUUUUGGAAAGUGGUGAUGAUAGAAUAUCUGGAGGAAUACUUGGAAGGACUAAAAAGUUUUCUCUGUUUAAGCGAAAGUCGUUGACAAGUCAGAAAAAUGUACAUAACACCAAUGAAGGUAAAUCUGAAAAGCCACUCCAAAGUGAAAAAGAUAAAGGAAAGGAAGCAGGUUUAUCUGGCGAUGACAGGAAAGACGAAAACCAAAAUCACACGAGGGAGAAUCGUAAGGAAACCACAACUAACCAGGGCAGAAAGACCAAGUCUUCUACUUGUGUAAUACUGUAAUGCUGUCAGAAUAUAUAUUUGACAGGCUGCAAGCACAUGUUGCAAUUUAUACUUGAAAACAAUUAUGACUUCUUAUUACUGAUGACAGAUUUUAAAAAAAUAAUUAAGUUGUUUGCCUUGGUUUUGGACUUGAAGACCAUGGUUUUGGUAUUUAUUUCUUUUGAUAAUUUUAGUAAUUGAAACUGAUGAGCUUAAUAGAAUGUAACUGAAGUGUUGUGGCCUUAACUGUUCAGUGUUGUAAUAAAAAUAUAUUUUUGUAUGUGAAAAGUUUGAUUCAGGCAUUUUAAUAAUUUUUGCUAAAUAAUUGUAUCCGAUGCUUCAAUCUACAUGGUACCACUUACAGUCUGAUAUGGUGCAAAGCUGUAAAUAGCUACUGUAGUGUAUUAUUUGGUUCAGCAAAAUAGCUAGGAAUAUUUAGAAAUGAACAUUAAGAAGGGUAUUGAGCCACUUAGAAAUCAUCUGUCUUGUUCCAUUUUGAAAUGAAAAAUAGCAACAAAACUCAAAAGUAUUUAAAAAUAUAGGCUCUGAUUCAGCAAGGUACUGUAAGCAUGUGUCUAGCUUUAUGAAUAUGUAUAGUUCCAGUGAAGUCAAUGAGAUGCCUAACUGCAAAUAAUGUGUAAUGUGCUUAUGUACCUGGCCAAAUCAGAGCCUGCAGAAACACCACUCAUUUUUGAGAGAUGCUGAGUGCCUUCAACUCUUGUUGAAAUCAGUGAGAGUUGCUGAGGGAAUUGCCUCUACAUAGAAUCAAGCCAAUAGCAGGGCAGAAUGAAAUCAGUUGUCAAUAUUCCCAUUUUAUCAUUUCACUGGGAGUCUAUUCCUGCAUCCUUGAGCACCCAAAUCUUCACUGUACUUUAGUGGAGGUUUUGUUAACAUACAACAUACAGCAUCUGAGACUCUUAAUUAUGAUCACAUAUGGUGGACAUCUUGAAGUAAGCAAGACUUUAUAUUUAGUAAAAUAAAUACAUUCAUCAUAUAGACAAGGUUACUAAGAUAUUCAUCCUUACAGGGCAGCAGAUGCCUUGUGGAAAAACUUUGAAAAGCAUUCUAUAGUAUUAAGAAAUCAUUUGAGUUUCUGUAUAAUUUUCUGUAUUUUUCUUCCUUUUCAUUUUAUGAAGGACAUUUGCAGGAAAACAUUUUCAUCAUUAACAGUUCAUGUGUUGCAGCUGCCUGCUUUCCACCUGGAGUUAAUAUCCUCUGUUUGGGACAUCUGAAUGAAUUACUAUGGGAAAUAUUGAUGUUGCAAACAGAUCAUUAUAGGCUAAAUCCCUCUUGUUUUUCUCAGGCAAGUACUUUCAGUAGCUUCAGUGGCUCUGCUCUAAAGGAGGAGAAGGGAUUUGGCCUUCUCUCAGGUGGGGAUUAUGCAGAAGGAGCAAGUGAAUGCUUCAGCCAAUUUCCAGACCCAUGAAUGGGAUGCAAAUGUUUUUUUCUUUCAGAAUUUGUCAUUUUUAUUUGUUGUUUACAUUUCUUAUAUUUAACACACAGUUCUAAUUACCAAAUUCAUAAAAAGACAAGAUUCCUUAAAAUUCAGCUGCAAAUAAAUAAGAAAUAAGGAUUUAGUUUAUUAAUAAAUGUUAAAACACAUACUGUCCUGUGAUUAAUCUGAUCCCAUGAUUGUGUUUUCGUGUUCAAAAGUUGUUAGUUAUUAAACAAAGAUAAACAUGUAAAGUACAACAUAUAAUAUAAAACCAGAAUUGUAGCCAAAUUGAAUCCUUUUCAAAAUAUUUCAUAAGAGACGAGCUGAUCUUUAAAAAAAAACUAGGAAAAAGUUAUUUAAUUUCACUGACUUAUGCACACUUUUGAAUCUGCCUUUGGCCCAACGUCACCUCUGAUUUAUCUAUUUUUCCUAGUUUCAGGGCAGCUUAGGCUUUAUAUAACCCUGUCACAAGUAACUAGGGCUGUUCUUAACCUAGAAAUUGGUCCAACCGAAUGCUUCGUCCGUAUAAGUAUGGCAAAUACCCAAAUACUUUAACGGAGCCUCCUCUGGACUGCAGUAAGUAGCAUCAUAUUAAAAGCCAUCCUUUUCUAGAGUUAAUUAAGAUCCUGACCUUUUGUUCUGCUAUUUUUCCAUGUGACAGCUUUGAGUUCUACAGAUGUACAUUAAAUAUGUUAUUUUCUUUCCAGCAAAAUACAUGGUAUUCACUGUUUUCCUCUUUUUCUCAGUGGACAUUUGACUUCUGUUCUGCUUGGAUCCUAGUCUGAAUAGGAAAAAAUCUUGGAAGAGGAGUGAUAAACUAAAUGGUUUCCUUCAGUGAGUUAAAAUUAGUUUUACAUUUUUAAAGGGGGCUGGAAUUGAUCCCAAAGGAAGGUACCCUAAGGGCUGUUUCUUUUUUUUAAAGUGUGAGUUCAGUUAGUGAAGAGUAAUUCUCUUAAAUAUGAUGUUACUCUAGAAGGGGAGGUUUGCUUAAAGCUAAUGAGACAGCAAAACACACUUGGAAGCACAUUUUAUUGUGAUCCAAUUACUUUGUAUAGCAUAUUUUUUCUGUUCCCUUUUGCCCUUCCAAGUAGUUACAUGAAAACGGGAUGUUUGCUGCCACAAGUCAAGACUCUAACAGGCAGUGUGCACUGAUUAAAAAUAAAUGAUUUUUCAUCUUUAAUAAUACCACAUAUUAUAUAGUUUACUGCACGAUAAAAAGGCUAUUGUUCAUUAAAAGGUAUUUUGUCAGCUAAAUAAUUGCAGAAGGUUCCAUCAUAGAAAUGAUUUGCAGCACUGCUUUUAUUUUUUACCAUUUACCCUUAUUUUCCAAAGCUAAGUAUUUCAGCAUAAAUCACUAUUCCUGGAUUACAUGGUCCUGGUUCAUGCCAGUGGGAUGGCUCUUUAAACUUCAUUUUUUUUCUAAAACUUGCCAUGGAGGUUGUGUGCUCCGCAAGUAUAACUAUAGCACCUCAGUCUUUACAGCCAACUCUUUCCUUCCUUUGGCCCCAACCAGCAGUUAAGUUGCUCACUCUUAAUCAAUACUGUACCUGCUGCUUUAAAUAGAUCUUUAGAGCUUUUUAUCCUUUCAAGAAAAUGGCUGAGUGCAGCUAUCUUUCACGCUUUGCUUUAAGAUGCUCUGCAUUAGUUUUUUUAUAUAAUACUUUUUUAAAAGAUGGCUUAGCUUAUAGAGAGAGAGAUAGUAAAUCAGCAUUGAUGUCAAAAAGCACAGGAUCUGGCCCUACAUCUACCACACAUCAGGGGCGUUCAAAAACCCUGCAUGAGCUCAAUACAGUCCACACAAUAAUGUUGGUGAUAUAAUAGCAAAACUCCCAUUGACUUUGUUGGUGUAGGAUCAGGGCAGUGGGGCAUGAACACACAUUUCUGAUUGUUUUUCAUACUCCCAAAGUACAUAGUGCUAUACCGAGUGGUAGUUUUUAUUACUUUUUUCCCAGAUAGCUUAUAUACAUAUAUUGUGUCCAUCCCUUAUCUCUGAUUACCCAGGUGAAGUCAAUGGAGUUGAUGUAAAUCAGAUCACAUUUUGGCAUGUUUAUCAUGUGUACAUGAGCCUAUCUUCUUCUAAGGCUGUGGGUAACAUAAAUGUGAGUUCAGGUAGAAUUUAAGCCUGAGUAUGACAUUAAAAUGGUUCAGCUAAUCACAAUUUGGUUUUUGACAAAUGAUGUCCAAAAAAAUGUUAAUGUAGUUAUAGUUUUAGUGUAGUUAUCAGAAACACACGUACAAAAAUGCUUGGAAUUUGACAUGUUCUAUUAUAUUUCUUUUACAAACAUCUCUGCGUCGCUUCAGUUGCCCAAAAUUGAACAAAUAUAUCCAGACUUGCAUUCUCAAGAUAUGUGUUAAUAAUAUUGCCCAAAGCAAAUUCCAUUGCCUCCUUUUGUUUACUAAAGGAGAAAAACCCUUCUUAUUUCAGUUUUUAAUGCUUAUGAAAAAGUGUGUUAAUAGCCCUAGACAAAGCCAUAAUGCAGCUAUCUGCUUCUUCUUCAUCUGAUGGAGUAAUUGCAGUUUAGUCCUGACCUAUAACACCCUUACUUUUCUAGCUGUGGAAUCUCCUGAACACAACCCUGCCGUAAGUACCAAGUUAUGAAGUUAGCAAAUAUGUUUAAACUGAUUGGCAGAUGUUAAGGUUAAGUUUUAAUAGACAAUACAGAAUGUUUUCAAUCAGUUUGCAUAUGGAAAAAUGGAUAAGUUACUAAGGUAAUAGAUUUAGAAAGCUUUAUCAUAAAAGUAUUGAACACAGAGGUCUGUAUCUUUUUUAAAUCCCUAUCAAAUUUACUUAAGUAGGUUAGAACUUUCACAGAUACAACCAAUGAAACUCAGUUAUGGAGGGAUGCAUCUGCCUCUAUAUUUUAAAUGAGAAACCAGCUUCCCACCAAGAGCCUCCUUUUUCCAUCCCACAGAAAAAAAAAUUUCCCCCUGAAAUUUCACGUGCUACAUCCAAGGAUAUUUCCCCGUGAAAUUUAAAGGCUGUUAUGGCAGCUCUUCAUUGAGUACUUUUCAAUACUCUGUAAUGUGACCCCGUUUUUCAGAUUAAUAGUCGGGCUGCAUAUUUCCUACCAAUAACAAAUGUCAGAGCUGCCAAAAUUUAAAACCAUCCCGUGAUACAAAGUACAAGAAUAAUACUCCUGCACUUUGGUCCUCCACCUUCUUAACAGAAGAAAGUAAUAACUAUUUGAUGCAUUACUCUGUCAACCGCAUAUGUCCCAUUUUAUGAAAAAUAGGAUCUCUCCUAAGGUGGUUAUUGCAAACAGCGAAGUGACUCUUAAGUAGCACUAGUAAUUUGCAGUCUAAAGAAUGAAACUUCCUUAGUUCCAUGUCUUUCAGGCAAAUUUAUCCAGUGAUUGAGAUAAAAGCCUGGUGAUACACUGACCUCUAGUGGUUCCUGUCUGGCAGUAGCUUAUGAAAGACAGCUGGCUGCUGCGCCCCCUUCUGCUGAACUUUAAAACUACAAUGACACUGACAGAAAAACUACAAAAUGAGUAAGUUCUCUUCUGCAUAUACAGUAUAGGGAUACAUUUAUCCAAGACACAAACUGAAGACGCAUGGGUCAUGUGGAAAAAAUAGUAUGUAAUCAUGUAAUUAAAGUCUGUAUCAUAAUGCAGACUCACCAGGCGACCGAUUUAAGGUUGAAACUGAAAAAAAAAAAUUCCAUUGUACGGUAUCAUAUUGGCACCCGUAUGGUUCAUUAUCCACUACACAGCCCUCUGCCACUUGAACUAAUGGAGUAACUGAUAGCAGUAUUACUUAGGUUGUCAUCCUCUGUGUGAACCAGCCUUAGAGGGGAAUGAGGCGUACACUUUGCCAGAGGGUUUCAAAGAUAUUUGCAGACAGCAGAGGAAUGGUGAGAUUCUGGAAGCCUGAGGUCCAUCCCAGGCUCCAGAGGGGAUUGUGCUUUAGUGGGUAUAGACUGUUCUGCCCUGUUUUCCCCCAAGUCUGAAUGCUUCUACCCAGCCUGUCCCAUCUCUCUCCCCUAAGCUCCUCAUCCCAAAUCCCCCUCGGUUUCUCAUCCCAGUUCCAGUCUCCUCUUCUGAUGCCCUUGUUCGAGUCUCAGAAACUUUAUUUAAAAAAAAAAUCAUCUUGGGGCAGACACCCAUCAUGGAAGACUUCAGCCCAGGCAGUUUACAUUUGACAAAGCCAUAACCAACUGAAAGCAGGGUCUUAUAAUGGGAAGUGUUGGGCCACCUGAACUGUUGGCCCCUCUAGCUGUGCUGCCUGUAAUAAACUGUUAUUUCAGAGUAAAAAAGCAGCUCCUAAGUGUUUGAGCUAAGAAUUUUAGCUGGUUUAUAUUUUUUAAAAAUAUUUCCUGGAUAGUCCUGCUUCUGCGGCAAUCUAUGACCUGAUCCACAAACACUUACACCAGUGGGUAACUUUAAACAUCCGAGCACCCUAUUCACAUGAGUAAAAUUUCAAGCAGAGACUUUUGCAAGAGUGGACACCAAAUUUGUCACCCUCUCACCAUGACUACCAUCAGCAUCAUAGCCUGGGCUUCCAAAAGCCAAUUAUAUGCAUCUGUAUUGUUGCAUUUUAUCAUGCUUCUUUUACUUUUAUGGGGAAGACAUUAGAUCAUUAAACAUUAUUGGCAAUUACUUUUUGAAGAAAAAAAAUCAGUAAUUUUACUGGAGCCACAUCUAUGUUGAUAAUGGGCCAUGGGAGAAAUUUUUUUAAAAGAAAAAUUGCAUCCUUAAAUUAGCUGUAAGCUCUACUGCAGUACAAAUAAUAUAAUAAAUUACUAUCUAGUAGUACUUAACUUUGCUUUGUUCCUUACUGUGCGCAAAUCUGAUGUAUUAUGAUGUCCUUAAUACAUAUUCCCAUUCUAUAUUUUUGCUUUAUUUUGUUUUUAAGACGUUAUGUGAAUAUGUUUGUUUUUAAAUUAUUCCUGGACCAUAUUUCAUUUGUACCUGAAACAGUCGAGAACUGACAGACUUCAGUGGAAGUCAUGGUGGUAAUGUUUUGUGUAAUGCAAGUAGUCACUGGAACACUGCAUAACCACAGGUUUAAAUAGUUCACAUUUUUUCUAUAACUAUUUGAAAGUUAAACAGGAGGAAAAAAUGACCAAUAUUAUGCUCUUGGGUCACUAAAUCUGACUUUUGUUUGUA